UGUGCAGGGACAUCUUAUUGUACCGUUAGAAGUAUGCGUACUACUAACCUGCUGUAUUAAGAGGCCGUUAUAAUGGAUUUGACCUCUGUUCUUGUGUUUAAAGUUGCACGAGAGAUGGUUUUGCAGUGGAGGUGUUGUAGAAAGCGUCCAGCGUGUUAUUGUUGAUGUAGAGGGAGCUGUCUGACCAGCGCUCUCCUCAGGCUCAGGGGAAUUACUAACUUUAACUCUUUCUCCCUAUAAACUCGCGUUAAGAGUGUUUGCUGAAAAUGCAGUCUCAGACUCGGGCUGUUUUGAAAUAUGCUGUUAGGAGACCGUGUAUUUUUGAUGGUUUGUGUGUGAUGUAGUCGCCUGUACUUGUGGAUUUGCCAGAAAGCUCCAUCGCUUCGCGUGCAGGGCGCGAGCGCUGUUGACGAGCUGUCAAUCAAGUGAGUGGAAGUGCACGAGCACCGUCACUCAAAUUUCUGUAGAUAACAACCGAUUAUUGCAGCUGAUCUCCAAACUUCAGGCCGAUGUCUUCACUUAGACGGAACGUUUAAGCUCACCAGCCCUAUGCUAAAAGACCAAUGGACAUCCUUCGGUUCAUAGAAGGAUAAAAAAGCUUUUCUGAAAAAAAAAAGAUGAAAAAAUAAUAUUCCAAUUAUUGUAAAAAAGUACAUUGCGGUUAGUUAAAGUGUCAGUUCACUAACGAUGUAAAAACUUAUGUGACAGCACCAGUCACCGUUUGCUUAUUGCAUGAGGGGAAAACUGAAAGAGAAUGGUGACUGAGGCUAUCAUGCUUCAUCUUUUGUGUUUCACAAAAACACAAAUGGUGAUGAGCCUGCGGGUGUCAGAGCUGCAGGUUCUUCUGGGCUACGCCGGCAGAAACAAACAUGGACGAAAGCACGAGCUCUUGACUAAAGCCUUACACCUCCUUAAAGCCGGCUGCAGCCCUGCCAUCCAGAUGAAGAUCAAGGAGCUCUACAGACGACGCUUCCCCACCAAGCUGGUGUCCCCGGCAGAACUGGCCCUGCCCGGAGUCCACCCCGCCGCUGCCUCCCUGCCCCCCGGCCUCACACAGUUGGGAUUUGAUGGGCAUGGAGCACCCCCGUCCCCUCUUCUCCCCAUCUCCCUCCUCGGGCCCAAACACGAGCUGGGCCUGCCCCACCUCCCCACGAACCUGCACCCCGUACACCCUGAUGUCAAACUGCAGCGGCUGCCCUUCUACGACCUACUGGACGAGCUCAUUAAACCCACGAGUCUUGCUUCAGACAACAGCCAGAGGUUUCAGGAGACAUGUUUUGCAUUUGCAUUGACGCCACAGCAGGUCCAACAAGUCAGCAGCUCAAUAGAUAUAUCUGGGACCAAAUGUGACUUUACAGUGCAAGUACAGUUACGGUUUUGUCUAUCAGAGACGAGCUGCCCUCAGGAGGACCACUUCCCCCCUAAUCUUUGUGUUAAAGUCAAUGGGAAACCGUGUAAUCUUCCAGGAUAUCUGCCUCCUACCAAAAAUGGCGUGGAACCAAAGAGGCCCAGCAGACCCAUCAACAUUACCUCAUUGAUCAGACUGUCCACAACUGUCCCCAACACCAUCAUAGUGUCCUGGACCUCAGAAAUUGGACGUAGUUACUCUAUGGCGGUGUACCUGGUCAAACAGCUUUCAUCUACAAUGCUAUUGCAGAGGCUACGGGCUAAAGGCAUCAGAAAUCCAGAUCACUCCAGAGCACUCAUAAAGGAAAAGUUAACGGCAGACCCUGACAGUGAAAUAGCAACCACCAGCCUAAGAGUUUCAUUAUUAUGUCCGCUGGGAAAGAUGCGGCUAAUGAUUCCGUGUCGGGCGUUGACGUGCUCACACCUGCAGUGUUUUGAUGCUACACUCUACAUCCAGAUGAAUGAAAAGAAGCCCACAUGGGUGUGUCCUGUAUGUGACAAAAAAGCACCCUAUGAACAUCUCAUCAUUGAUGGGUUGUUCAUGGAGAUUCUGAACAGCUGUUUAGAUUGUGAUGAAAUCCAGUUCAAAGAAGAUGGCAACUGGGCCCCCAUGAGGUCGAAAAAGGAAGUGCAGGAGGUGUCGGCUUCAUAUAAUGGCAUUGAUGGUGGAUGUCGUACAACAGUAUUGGAGCAGAACUCUCAAACAAACGGCAACAGUGGAGGCAACAGCAAAAAAGUGGAGGUGAUUGAUUUGACUCUUGACAGCUCGUCUGAAGAAGAGGAAGAUGAAGAACCUCCUCAGAAGAAAAGCUGCCCCUCGCUAUCUAGCAUCUCUCCUCAGAUGGAUAAUGGGGUACUAAAUCUCCACAGACAAGCGUCUCCUGUGAGUCGAACUCCCAGCAUGCCUCAGGUGGACACCAAUUACAUUCCCCCACCUCCUCCCCUCAUUCAGGACUACCGCCACUACUACUCUACACCCACUGACCUGUCAGAUCUCAACUUUUUUCCUUUUUUACAAGGAGAGAAUCAUCAGCACUACAACAUGGUGAUGGCAGCAGCCGCAUCAGCCUCUGAAGAUCACGACCUCCUCCUGAGUCGUUUUCUCCCGUACGGCUCGUCCCAGCUCUUCCUGGACCCUCCCUCUACCCCUGUAAACAACAACCUCCCUCCCAUGAACGUCAAUGGCAGCAGCACCGGCAGUAGCCUGGUGUCCUCCAACAGCCUGCGGGAAAGCCUCGGACAUCCACCUGCCCCACGCCCCACCUCCGAAUUGGCCCCCACGUCUGCCAUCUACGGUCCCAUCCCAGACGUCAUCUCUUUAGACUGACCCAGGGACCGAAACUGACUGAAGAGACUUCCAAACAUUGGGAAGAAAACAGGACAAUACAGGAUGACUGAAGGGUGUUUUUGUAAACGAUGAUAAUCGUUGCCGUGUACAGAGAACAAAUAUAUUUUUUGUUUUACUUUUGUAUAUACGUAUCUAUCUAAUGUAUAUGUACACUUGAAAGAGUUUUUGUUUGUCACCUCUGGCUUGCUAAAAUUACUUUAGAUUUUGUCUCAUGGGAGACUGACGCCCUUAUUCCUUCACAGCUUUUUUUUUAACAGCCUCUUCAAUGUAAUAUGAACACUUUUUAUAUCACUGACCCAUCAUAUUCUGUAAUGGUCUAUAUUUUGUCUGAUUCCACAGGGCACAAUGGCUGCGAUCGGACCGUCUGCCGGACUCUUGGUUCAGCAAAACUUGUCUUCGGCAAUCCAUAACAUUUGCCCUAAACGUGCAGGAUUGUUUUAUAUAAUGCUUUUAAAGGGAAGGUUCACCCAAAAAUGAACAUUCUGUCAUCGUUUACACACCCUCAUUAAGUAUAUUCUUCUGUGGAACACAAAAGAAGAUAUUUUCAUUGUUUUAUUUCCCCCAUACAAUGAAAGUCGGUGGGGUCCAGUGUUGUUUUAGACCCCAUUAAAACCCUCUUUUGUGUUGCACAGAAGAAAGUCGUACAGGUUUGAAAGAGUAAAUGAUGCCUAGAUCAUUUCUUGAUGAACACUUCCUUUAUUUUGAUGGGCCGUUAAGAAGCAUUCCUUUACAUUCAGGUUAACAACUGGAAGUAAUAGCGUUGUUACAGAUGGCCAAUGUCUGACCUCAUGAUUCUUAUGUGAAAUCUAAUUCAUGACUGUUUUUAAAACGAUGUAAUUCUCUAACAAUUUUGCAUCCAUAUUUUCUUGCUCAAUGCCAAAAUAACACUGUUUAGUGUUUAUGAUUCUAGAGUGAGAGCUUGUGAGUUCAGUGAACUUAAAUGUACACUUUGUGUGGAAAGUAAGGAUUUACUUUUUUUUUUUUGGGGCUACCAUGCUUAAUGUUGAUGGUUCAAUAAUUUUUUUCUUUCUCCUUUCCUACCGUCCCUCUCUAAUUGAAUUUUUCAGAAGGAAUGAUUUGUUUGGAGGUUCUGCAGUGGGUAGAUGGUGAGGUUACGAUGUCCUUAGUGUUGGCGGGAAACUUCUCACAGGUGUCAAGCAGUGACUGAGGUCUCUGUUCAGUUGUCGUCUGUUAGGUCAUCUGUGUUUGGUACUGUACAGGAAAACUAAAGCCACUCAUCGUUUCUACUGUUUUGUCAUGUGUGCCUUGUGCGAGUGUGUUUUGUGCAUGAAAGACUGGACCUGUUAUUGUGUGUGUGUGUGUGUGUGUGUGUGUGUGUGUGUGUGCGUGUGUGUUUGCUGGUGUGGCUCUCUCAGUGUGUUGACCAGACCUCCUUUCAAAGCCUAAUUGGGUUUGGGACUGGGGUAAUUGCAUGUGGCAGAAUCUAGCUAUCGCGUUUUGUUGUUUCCUUUGACCUCUAAACCUCUUUUUAUCCUACGUUUCUUCCAAAGUAUUAGAUGUUUAUCAGUUGAUUUAUUUCUUGGCUCUAGGAUUGGUUUGGAAUAUAAUUGGUUAAGUAAUUAAUGAGAUAAGAAUGACGGAGACAAAAAUACAUAUGCUGUUGUUGCAAAAUUCUUAAAACCAAAUCUCUAGCAGUGUUAAUGUGUGACACUUUAUUUAAACAAGUAAAUUUGGACAGUUCUUGUCUUUUAAUUCGGUGUGUCUGUCUCAUGCCAUUGUGUAUUUGACAAUAUUUGUUUGCUAGGAUACACAGAUAAGGUUCAGUGACAAACACAAUACAAGUUUUCAUUAAUACAUUAAAGGGAUAGGUUGUGUGUGUAUGAAUGUGCGUAUGAAAGCAUGUGUGCAUGUUUUGGUUUUUGAUGGAAGGCAAACAUUGUGCAAACUUGGAUGGUCCAGUGAUGUGCAUUUAUGUGUUAAAAGUUGGAUUCGCAACCUCAUAACAAACGUAUUAAUAUAAUUUAGAUGCUGAACUGUGUUAUGAAUGGACUUCGUGUCAAAGUCCAAGUUUAUUUUAUUUUCCAUUUCAGUUAGCUGGCAUCUAUGUUCACUGCCUUAAAUUUCAUCCACUCUGUGUCUAUGUGGCAUGUUUUAUGAAAAGAAAAAAAGAAAAAGAUUUUUAAGACGUGGAAGACCUAUUGUACAGUAGACCAAUGUCAGUUUGUAUAAAGUACUAAGUGAAAAAAAUAUUUAUUACAUGCAUUGAAAGAAAUUGUUUACCUAUUGAAUGUUACAUGUUUAUGUAGAGACAUUUAGAUGUAAUAAAAUGCAUUGAGUUAA